UAUGUUCUCAUCGUGAUGAAUCAUCAUUGAUUGAUUGUUGUUCAGUUUGAUUAUUAACCAUUAUCCCAGUUGAUUUAUCAUCAAUUAGGUUAAUUCCUUUUAUUGGUGAACCUUUUCUUUCAUUUGAACCUUUUCUUUACUUUAUUCUGUUAUCCUAACAAUUGUUAUCUCAUUUAGUAUGAUCAUCGAUUGGUCAAUCCCUUUACCAACUCGUGCAAAAUAUACACAACUAUUUAAUAAAACUGACACAGGACGAACUGGUUUUAUCUCCGGUGCUCAAGCGAGAGAUAUUUUACUUCAAUCUGGUCUAUCUCAGCAGUUAUUAGCUAAUAUUUGGGGUUUAGCUGAUGUAGAUGUUGAUGGACGUCUUACUCUUGAAGAAUUUAUCCUUGCAAAUCAUCUAAUAGAAUGUGUUCAGCGGGGUGAACAGUUGCCUAUUACAUUACCUCCUGAUCUUGUUCCCCCAAGUCAAAGGAAACCCAGUGCUGUUACUACUCCAGUGCUUACCGAAUGGGCCAUUCCACAACCUUCAAAAUUGAAGUAUACCCAAUUAUUUAACUAUCAUGAUCGUACUAGAACAGGCUACCUUACGGGAGCCCAAGCUAGAAAUAUCCUUCUUCAAUCAGGUCUUCCGCAAGCAAUGUUAGCUAAUAUUUGGGCCUUAGCGGAUGUUGAUGUUGAUGGUAGAUUAACAUGUGAUGAAUUUGUCCUGGCGACGCAUCUUAUUGAUAUGGUUAAAGCCGGUACCCCAUUGCCUAAUGUACUACCUCCAGAGUUGAUCCCACCCAGUUUACGAAGGCGAUCAUCUAGUGGGUCACAAUCAACACUUGCUGCUGUUGGACCUGCUACGUCGGUUGAUUUAAUUGGAGCUCUCGACGAGGAGAGUUCUGCUCCCAAUAGUCGAAAGGGUAGCAUUACUACUUUUGAAGAUAAAAGAAGAGAGAAUUUUGAAAAAGGGCAAGCCGAGUUAGACAGACGUCGUCAAAUGUUAUUGGAACAGCAAAGGAGACAACAAGAGGAGAGAGAACGUAAAGAGAGAGAAGAGUUUGAGAAAAGGGAAAAAAUUCGUUUGGAACAAGAGAAACGGAAACAGUUAGAGAUGGAAAGACAACUGCAAAAACAAAGAGAAGUGGAAGCUGCAAAGGAGGAAGAGCGUCGUAAACAAUUGGAACUAAGAGAAGCGGCAAGAAGAGAAAUGGAACGUCAGAGAAUGAUUGAAUGGGAGAAUCAACGAAAACAAGAGAUGCUUAAUCAAGAACAAGAAACUGCUGCCCAAUUAAAGAAUAAGAAGAAGAGUUUGAUGAUAGAUUAUGAACAAGUUUGUAAUCAAUUUAACCAACUGCAAGAGCAAGUUAAUGAUACAAGGAAAAAAGUGACCGAUUCAAAAUCUGACAUUGACAAAAUGAGGACUGAACGAGAUGUCAAAUUGAAAGAGAUUAAUUUCCUUAAAGCACAAAUGAAAACCUUACAAGAUCGUCAACUUUUGAUUGAACAAGAUAAAAUUACUCUUUCUGCUCAGUUGAAAGAUUUAACCAUGAACAAUGUCACAGGUAUCACUGACUCUGCUCAGUUUGCCCUACAAAAUAAGAAGAUCAAGAUUUGUCAACUUAAAACACAGAUUGAAGAAUGUGAGAAGGAGAGAGAAGCCAAAAUCCAGGACAUGCAGCAUAAAAGUGCUGAAUUUAAGGAAUUGAAGGAAAAAUUUGAAGCGUUAUUAAGCAAAGUGAAAAUUUUACAAGAAGGUUAUGAUCGCAAACUGGAGACGGCGAAAGAAAUUGUUGCGAAAGGUGUUCCAGAAAGAAAAGUUUUGGAAAAUGCUUGGAAUGACCAAGGAGACGCUUGGAAUAGCGUCAGUGAUAGUGCUUGGCCAACCACCGAUACCAAUUCUAAUUUCGAUGCUUUCCCGACCGACUUUUCUGCAAGUUUCCCUGCAACAACAACAUCCACUACAAACUCAGACAGUGGUACAAAAUAUCGUGUAGUUUUUGCUUUCGAAGCUCGAUCUCAAGAUGAGUUGACAAUUCAAGAUGGUGACAUAAUCAUUGUUAGACCAGAUCCAAGUGCGGCACCAGGUUGGCUUCAAGGUGAAUUAAAUGGCAAAAUUGGUUGGUUUCCUGAAGCUUAUGUUGAACCUCUCGAAUCUGGUUUUGUAUCCACGUCUAAUGAUUUCCCAACCUCUCAACUGGCAACUGAUAAUGGAUUCGGAAAUCAAUCUAAUUUAUUUGAUACUACAAAACCGACAGAUUUAACCACAGGCUUUGCUGAUCUGACUCCACAAAUUACCACAACCACAACUACAACCACAACCGCAACCACAUCAGAACCUUACAUUGACAUUAGUGCACGAAGUUUCCCCGUAAAUGCCGUUGUGUUGUAUCAAUGGUCUGCAACAGAACCUAAUCACUUGACAAUCAACAAAGGAGAUAUAAUCAGUGUUAAACAGCAUAAAGAUGAUUGGUUAUUAGGAGAAAUUGUUGACAGAAGGGGUUGGCUUCCUAAAUCAUUUGUUAAACCAAUUACAGGAAAUGUUGCAUCGGAAACCGAUUUAGAGCCUAUUUAUCAUGUAGCAAUGUAUCCGUUCCAGUCACAAGAACCUGGUGAUCUUGCAUUCGAAGGUGGUGAGAUAAUCAAAGUAGUUAAAAAAGAAGGAGAUUGGUGGACAGGAGAAAUUAUUCCUAAUCGAAUUGGAAUAUUUCCUUCUAAUUAUGUCCGAGAAGCUACGGUUGAAGAAUUGCCUUUACCAUCAGGAUUUGCUCCUCAACUCGCCCCACCGAUGACAAAGAACAUGAGUUUAGAGAGGAAGGAUUCAGAUGCUCCUUCACGGUUUGAUCUUGGGGCUAGUCCAGCUCGUUCAGUGGACAGUCCCAGACUAAAGAAGGGUAAACUGAAAAAGCCGGAAAUCGUUCGUGUCAUAGCUCCUUAUAAAGCUACUGGUCCGGAGCAAUUAAGUUUAGAAAAGGAUCAAUUGAUUCAAGUUCGUAAAAAGAACACUUCUGGUUGGUGGGAAGGAGAAACUCAGGUUAAAGGUCAAAAACGUCAAGUUGGCUGGUUCCCUGCAUCGUAUGUCAAAUCAUUAUCUGGUUCUGGUGCAGGUUCUGGAGGAAGUUCAGCUCGUUCAACACCGGAUCCUAAUAGAGCUGAAAAUGAAGCAAUUGAGAAAGUCAUAUCUUUGUACCCGUUCGCGGCUCAACAAGAUGAUGAACUUAGUUUUCAAGCUAACGAAGUGAUUAAAGUACUUUCUAAAGACGAUCCUACUUGGUGGAAAGGGCAAUUAGAAUCAACCAAUACAAUCGGAGUUUUCCCAUCCAAUUAUGUUCAAAGCUUGGCUGAUGCAAAUUUUAGUAGAUAUGAAAGUCCAAUAGACAUUGGCAAUCAAUUGAACAAUUUAUUUAUCAACAAUGGAACCGAAUCAACAACGACAGAAGAUGCGAGACAAAAACCAAUUCAAGAAUUAAUUGUAACCGAAGAGGCUUAUGUUCAUGAUUUAAGAAUUAUUAUCGACGUUUUCGAGAAGCCGUUACGACGGUCCAAUGUAAUUCCUGCUGAAUCGUUGAAUAAGAUUUUCCUUAAUUGGUCAUCUCUUCUUGAUUACAAUUCAAUCUUUCUGAAAUCACUGAUUGACCGCCGAGCUUAUUAUCUGCAAAACUGUGAUGGUAACAUUGAGAUGAUCGGUGAUAUAAUUGUUAAUCAUAUUCCUGGCAUGGUUGAUAUUUACAUCGGAUUCUGUAGUCACCAAUUAAAAGCCGCUAAAUUGUUGCAGAAAAUGUCGGAAACCGAUGAAGCUUUUCGAGAAGUGGCAAAAAAAUGUUCUAUGAACAAGAAAACAAAUGGCCUACCAUUAGGUGCUUAUCUACUCAAACCAAUGCAAAGAAUUACUAAAUAUCCUUUGGUGAUAAAGAAAAUUUUAUCCAAUACUCCGUCCGAUCAUCUUGACCGUGAAUCUUGUGAACGAGCUUACGAAUUGGCUCAGAGUUUAUGUGACUCUGUUAACGAAGCAUGUAGAUCUCAAGAGAACGAGGAGCGACUCGAUUGGAUUCAAGGUCACGUCAAAUGUGACGGCAUCGAUCAGAUCAUUCGUUUUAACUCAAUGACCAAAUUCAUGGGACCUCGAUUGAUACUUAAUUCGGGCUAUCUAAUCAAGGUGAACAGCGGCAAAGAGCUGGUCGCCUUUCUUUUCAAUGAUUUCUUAUUACUCACUGUCCCGGUCAAUCAAUCGAUUCGGUUCAAUAAUCUCUGGGCUUCGGACAAAGGACUAUCCAACUCGUACCGAAUGUACAAAAGGCCAAUACUUUUGAAUGACAUGGAAUUGGUUGAUGACAUUUCCUCGACACCCAAUGGUUUACGUUCAACUUCAUCGCCAAUAGUUUUAUCUUCAUCAUCAUUUCCAGUACUUUCUCUUGCAACCUCAUCUACAGCCACCAACACAUCUUCAUCUACUUUAUCUUCAGCAUCCUCAUCAUCUGAAAGUUUAACUUUCAUCUUGAAACUUAAAUCAUCUGAUCGCACAUACACUUUCAAAGCAACAUCUCACAAUGAUCGUAACAAUUGGAUUAGAAUCAUAAACUCAGCUAAACAUGAGUACAUUGAGAAACUUGGCCAACGGAAAAGUUACUUCGGUCCAAAUGAUUCUCCUGGAACUGGUAUCGGAAGGCUACUUGUAACUGUCCUCGAAGCAGUUCAAUUGUUCACUCGUAACGAGACCCUAAACAGUUACUGUCGGGUCAGUGUUGGUGACAAAUUUUCCGACCAAUCGUCCCAUCGACAAAUAUCCGAAACCAAAGUGGCCCGAUCAUGUUUUCCAAUGUCUAAUGAUAAGUUCAAUUCGCACGGAAACAAGUUGACACUUUUCACCGCCAAUUGGAAUUACUCAAUGCAAUUCAUCUUGAAAGAACCAUUAAGAAAUACUUGUCUCUCAAUCAGUUGUUUCGAUGAAGAUCCUUUCGCUCCUGAUUUACUCAUUGGACAAACUUCAAUUGCGCUCGAUGAUUUAGCCGAUGAAAUAAGCCGAACAUCAGCUCGACCCUUGACCAAAGCAUACAAAUUGAAAAGCAUCGAUAAAAUGAUCCAAGAAAAUCUUAAUCCGGUUGUUUAUCUCAAACUGGAUUUAUUACUUUUCUAAUUAUCUUAUAAUAAGGUUUCCAAAAGAACAAGUCAAUUGUAAUUACAAUUACAAUUUUCACCUUUACAAUCCAAUUAAUCAAAAACUCAAUUAUUUUCAAUCUAUUUAUUUGUCAAUGUAACAUUCUCAACGAUUUUUUAUUUAAUUAUUGUGACAUAUCUGUGCAAACUCAUACCAAUUAAACACAAUUAAAGUCUCAAACAUCUCAAUAAACCGCGAACCAUAA